AUGAUUCGUCCAGUAACCAUUGAUCCAAGUCUUGGAUCCAUAAUCUUUGAGUUGCGAAAGACAUGGAAAUUGCUGGUUGUCAUCUCCCAGUUGUCCUUUAAGGAAAACAAGGGCUCUGCGAUAGUUGACGAGCUCAACGUUUUGAAAUGGAUAGGGAAUUCCCGAUCAUUUCCCUGUUUUGUUUUGACUUCCACGGGAGAGCUCCGGUGUUUAUACCCGCUCUUCAUCGCUCCACUUUCCAACGAUCAGUGUCAACAAGACGUGCCCGUCUUUCACGAAACAAAGAACGGCCCCAAGGCAACGCAACAGCUUUACAGCCUCCUCCACGCUCAAGAUGGCAAGGUGGAAUCUUCCCUCUUUCGAACUCUAACAAGCGACGCUGACGAGCCUUCCAGCGCUCCAGAAGAUGACCGUGAAACAGUCCCGGUUGACAACAGCUUCCUCGAAACAGAAACACACUACAACCGAGAGUAUCAAUCUUAUGCCAUCAACAACAGCGCCUAUCUGGCCCCUAUUGACGAUGAAGAAAUUGAGCGUCUGAACAUCUUCCACAACGUCCUUAGUCGUGUCUUCGAUGGCCGAAUCAUAGUUCCCCCCUUAGGUCGACCCCGGCGUAUACUGGACUGUGGAUACGGAACUGGAGCAUGGGCAUGUGAGGUCGCUGAACAGCACCCGAGGUGUGAGGUCCUGGGAAUCGAUAUAAACCCAAUGAUGCAACCGGACGAGGUUCCAGACAAUCUCUAUUUGCAAGUCGAUGACUUGAACCGGAGAUUCACGUUCCCAGCUCAUAACUUCGACAUGGUACACUCUAGUAUGGUUGCCGGAGGAAUCCACAUCAACAUGUGGACUCAAUAUCUCCGGGAAAUAAUCCGAGUAGUUAGACCAGGUGGCUGGGCACAGAUGGUCGAGAUAUACCUCAACUUCCAGUCAGAUAAUGGCACCCUGACAGACGAUCAUGCCUUGAGACAAUGGAGUGCUAGGUAUCUCGAAAGCAUGGAAGGCCUGAAGGAUCCCCGCGUGGCACUCAGGCUCCCAGACAUGAUGAGAGAAGCUGGAUUCGUGGAAAUUGAGCAUCGAAUGGUACGGCUUCCCACUUGUGGAUGGUCUAUGGAUCAGAGAGACAAUGAGAUUGGAACGGCCAAUCGCGAGAAUGUCCAGAGGAUGCUCUCCUCGCUGGCGCUCUACCCCUUCACGGAAAGGCUCAACAUGCCUAUUCAAGAUGUCCAGUUGCUCAUAGCGCAAGCACGCCAGGAAGCAGACGAUCCGGCGUUCAAGGUAUUGAUCUUCCCCGCUGAUGAUGUGAGGCCACAAGCCAAGAUCACAGAUAGCCGUCCUGUUGAGGCGGUCAAGCGGUUGCUUUUCAGUGUAGCAAUUGCACCUGAUAUGCUCAGCGUAGUCUGCGGUGCAAGUGGUGUUUCUGGGCCAAGGACGUCGAGUGUUCUCGUUUGUUGGCGACGUCAAAGCCAACUCGAGAGGGCCUCAAGAGUUGUUUGGACAAACCCGAAGCGCUCUUCACAUAAGCCUGUGAUUGAGACAGCAGAGAAGAUCAUGUUUGAUCUGGGGAAGCAUCGCUGGGCAGAAGGGCUUCGUGGGCCUAGACUCGGGUGGAUCGAUCGCGUUGGCGGUUCUGGGCAGGGCACAGUGCACCGUCGAGGUGGAACAAGCUUCGACGACGGGGAAGGCGAGUACGGCGAUGGGAUUAUCGAGAUGGGGGAUGAUGGGAAUGAUGAUAAUGAUGGUAUUGAUGGUAUUGAUGGCGUUGAUGGUAUUGAUGGUGUUGAGGGGGACGGGCAGAGGGCGAGGGGGAAAUGA